GUUCCAAUAUUAUUAUGCCCUCGGCCCUCGGCUAAUCCAUAAUGAUGGUUUGCAGUUCGUAUUUUGAUCUUUGAUCAUCAUUUAUUCACCACAGCAAAUAUCCCCGAACCAUCCAAGACCAUUUAUAAAGACGAUCCACCAUGGGGAACGGAAUGGAUAAGAUUGUCUCAGGACUUUAUCUUGGGAAUUUCAGAGAUGCUAAAGAUGUUGAAAAGCUUGCCGAGAACAAAGUAACCCAUGUCAUAGCUCUGCAUGACAAUGCAAAACCAUUGCUCGAUCAUUUACAGUACAAGUGCAUACAGGUUGCAGAUUCACCAGAGGAAGACCUGUUACCGUAUUUUGAAGAAUGCAUUGAUUUUAUCCAUGAGUGUAGGGUUAAUAAUGGGUGCUGUCUAGUUCAUUGUAUCGCUGGUGUUUCACGAUCAACCACCAUAGUCGCAGCAUAUCUUAUGGCGAUCACGAACCUCGACUGGCGUGACACUUUACGUGCUAUCAAGGUGGUCCGAAUGGUUGCUAACCCUAACUAUGGCUUCAAAAGACAAUUACAAGACUUCUACAACAAAGAAUUAAGAAAGAUUAAGACAAAACUCCAGAUACGAUAUCCAGAACUGGAUUUUAGUGGCGAAGAGGAUGMGUAUUUGAAGUCUCUCUUAGCUAAAAAUCAGAACUCACCCGACGGGCACGUCUCAGCAAGGGACGACGAAGAUGAUGUUUUAAAUUUUUAUCAUGAAAGACAACUGAGAAAAAAGACUGAAGAAAAAACAGAGAAAUACGAUCAACAAAACACAGAUGAAGGUGGUUCUACCUCUUAGCACUGGUCAGUAGAAUCGAGUUUAACCGGUUCAAUAAUACCGGUUAUGCAGGUUCAAUGGUACCGGUUAUGCAGGUUUUGAGUGCAUCGAUCGAAAGUGGGUUUCAUUGCUCAAGAUGGAAAGUAGCUUCGUACGUUUUCAUCAUGAUGUCGGUGCUGAGGGCUUGGUAAAUUGUUAAUUGAUUUAUAAGAUUUUUAUUCUUUCCCGAGAGGAUUUUUAAGCUGAGAACGAUUUCCACUUUAUUCUUAAAUAAAUUUCCCAGGUUAAAUACGAAAACUUGGGGGGGGAGUUCAGAAUAAUU